UUAUUAUUUGAUCAUCUCAUCAGAAAAAAUGACGCUUCUUAAAAUCAAGGUUAGGUGGCUCUGUGUCUACUCCACAGUCCACGUCCGAAACACCAUCGGCCCAUCUGGAGAUACCUCCGAAUUAGGGAUCGUUGGCCGACAAGCUGCAGGCCGACACCUUUCGACCUCGGCAAGUUGCCCUCCCCACACCUAGAGGCCCGCGGUUACACAGUUCAUAGUGGUCAGCACAACGGCCGAUUUCUCAGCCUGGCGAAGCUGUCAACUCAUGUUAAUAGCUGCUUCUUCCUGUUUUCUAGAGAUUCUUUGAAGACUUUUGCAUAGAAGAAUUCAACCAUCAUCGCAUUUUUAGAACUUGAUAGCGGUGUUUCAUUCUGUUAGCUCCUCUCCUCGACAAGAUGCCUUUCCACACUGCGUUAACGAGGAAACUGGGCAUCGCCGUCCCUGUGGUACAGGGAGGUAUGCAAUGGGUUGGAUACGCAGAGCUCGCUGCGGCGGUUAGCAACGCAGGUGGUCUGGGAAUUCUCACUGCACUCACGCAACCCACCCCUGAAGACCUCCGCAAGGAGAUUCGCCGAUGCCGAACCAUGACCAAGAAGCCCUUCGGCGUGAACCUGACCCUCCUCCCGGCCCUUGUGCCCCCAGACUACGCUGCCUACGCACAAGUAAUCAUCGACGAGGGCGUCAAGAUCGUCGAGACAGCCGGCAACAACCCCGGCCCCGUGAUCACGCAGUUGAAGAAGGCCAACACGAUCAUCCUGCACAAGUGCACGACCAUCCGCCACGCCAAGUCCGCCGUGAAGCUGGGCGUGGACUUCCUGUCCAUCGACGGCUUCGAGUGCGCCGGCCACGUCGGCGAGCACGACAUCACAAACUUCAUUCUCCUCAGCCGGGCGCGCCAGGAGCUCAACGUUCCCUUCAUCGCCUCGGGUGGGUUCGCGGACGGACAGGGUCUUGCGGCGGCGCUGGCGCUCGGUGCGGAAGGUAUCAACAUGGGUACCCGGUUCAUGUGCACUGUUGAGGCGCCCAUCCAUCAGAAGGUCAAGGAGGCCAUUGUGGCGUCGGACGAGAACAACACCAACCUGGUUAUGAGACGGUGGAAGAACACCUCCCGUCUGUUCAAGAACAAGGUGUCGGAGGAGGCGCUGAAGGUCGAGAGGGAGAGCAAGACGGGCGAGUUUGCCGAGAUUGCGCCCUUCGUUAGCGGCAAGAGAGGCCGUGAGGUGUUCCUGAACGGCGACAUUGACUACGGUGUAUGGACCGCGGGUCAAGUCAUUGGUCUGAUUCACGACAUCCCGACGUGCGCGGACCUCCUGCAGCGGAUUGAGAGAGAGGCCGUCGAGGCCAUUGAUCGGUCUAAGUCGUUGUACACGGCAACCGCAGGGCAAAGCAAGCUGUGAGGUUUGACUAUGUAGCUCUGUUGCUCUGUUUCGUACGUCAACAAUCCAGAUUGAGAUUGUUGGAUCAUGGAUGUUUGUCAUUGGUACCUGGAAUGUAGAUCACCAUUAUAAGUGAGAUGAACACUGGAUUGCCUCUUUCCUUGUUGAUCCUCUCUAGGUAAACCUCUUCCUGCGGAAUGUAAGGACUUUUGGCUAUUUUUCUGGAUCUGCACAUGUAUUUGACAAAGCACGGAGUUUAUCCCUUGCCUCCCUUCCAUAGCGGAGCGGACAAUUACCGGCAUUUAUCUCAUAAGGGAACGUGACUUUCUCGGAGCGUGUAAACAAAGAGCAUGGAGGCCUAUCUGAAAGUAAAUGUCUCUUUUGGACAGAGAACGGUGUAGCAGAUGUCAGAAAGGAGCAUGUUAAAUGGAGUAGAAGGGGUU